AACACCAACCUGUCAGCCCUCUCGCUCAGCCACGGCCGCGGGCCGCCACGCACCCUACCUGCCGCUGCCCCCGACGCACCUGGACCUGCCACAGCCCCCGGCGCACCUGGAGCCGUCGCUGAAGCCCGCGCCUCCCUUCCUGUCUGCGAUGUUCCGGUCCUAGCUGCCGUCUGAGAGGAUGUCUGGGGUGUCUGAGCCCCUGAGUCGAGUAAAGGUGGGCACGUUACGCCGGCCUGAAGGGCCCCCAGAACCCAUGGUGGUGGUCCCAGUCGACGUGGAAAAGGAAGACGUGCGUAUCCUUAAAGUGUGCUUCUAUAGCAACAGCUUCAAUCCUGGGAAGAACUUCAAGCUGGUCAAAUGCACUGUACAGACCGAGAUCCGGGAGAUCAUCACCUCCAUCCUGCUGAGCGGGCGGAUCGGGCCCAACAUCCAGCUGGCUGAGUGCUAUGGGCUAAGACUGAAGCACAUGAAAUCAGACGAGGUCCACUGGCUGCACCCACAGAUGACGGUGGGUGAGGUGCAGGACAAGUAUGAGUGUCUACACGUGGAAGCCGAGUGGAGGUAUGACCUUCAAAUCCGCUACCUGCCAGAGGACUUCAUGGAGAGCCUGAAAGAAGACAGGACCACGCUGCUGUAUUUUUACCAACAGCUCCGGAAUGACUACAUGCAACGCUACGCCAGCAAGGUCAGCGAGGGCAUGGCCCUGCAGCUGGGCUGUCUGGAGCUCAGGCGGUUCUUCAAGGACAUGCCACACAAUGCCCUGGACAAGAAGUCCAACUUCGAGCUCCUGGAAAAGGAAGUGGGCCUGGACCUGUUUUUCCCCAAGCAGAUGCAGGAGAACUUAAAGCCCCGGCAGUUCCGGAAGAUGAUCCAGCAGACGUUCCAGCAGUACGCCUCGCUCAGGGAGGAGGAGUGUGUCAUGAAGUUCUUCAACACCCUGGCCGGCUUCGCCAGCAUCGACCAGGAGACCUACCGCUGUGAACUCAUUCAAGGGUGGAACAUUACUGUGGACCUGGUCAUUGGCCCUAAGGGCAUCCGCCAGCUGACAAGUCAGGACACAAAGCCCACCUGCCUGGCCGAGUUCAAGCAGAUCAAGUCCAUCAGAUGCCUCCCGCUGGAGGAGGGCCAGGCGGUUCUGCAGUUGGGCAUUGAAGGUGCCCCCCAGUGCUUGUCCAUCAAAACCUCAUCUCCAGCAGAGGCUGAGAACAUGGCUGACCUCAUAGAUGGCUACUGCCGGCUGCAGGGGGAACACAAGGGCUCCCUCAUCGUCCAUCCCAAGAAAGAUGGUGAGAAGCGGAACAGCCUGCCGCAGAUCCCCAUGCUAAACCUGGAAGCCCGGCGCUCCCACCUCUCCGAAAGCUGCAGCAUAGAGUCUGACAUCUACGCUGAGAUUCCGGAUGACACUCUGCGAAGGUCGGGAGGCCCACAGUACGGCAUCAGCCGCGAAGACGUGGUUCUGAACCGUAUUCUCGGUGAAGGCUUCUUCGGAGAGGUCUAUGAAGGGGUCUACACCAAUCACAAAGGGGAGAAAAUCAACGUGGCUGUGAAGACCUGCAAGAAGGACUGCACCCUGGACAACAAGGAGAAGUUCAUGAGCGAGGCAGUGAUCAUGAAGAACCUCGACCACCCGCACAUCGUGAAGCUGAUGGGCAUCAUCGAGGAGGAGCCCACCUGGAUCAUCAUGGAGCUGUACCCCUACGGGGAGCUGGGCCACUACCUGGAGCGAAACAAGAACUCCCUGAAGGUGCUCACCCUCGUCCUGUACUCGCUGCAGAUAUGCAAGGCCAUGGCCUACCUGGAGAGCAUCAACUGCGUGCACAGGGACAUCGCCGUCCGGAACAUCCUGGUGGCCUCCCCCGAGUGUGUGAAGCUGGGGGACUUCGGCCUCUCUCGGUACAUUGAGGAUGAGGAGUAUUACAAAGCCUCUGUGACGCGCCUGCCCAUCAAAUGGAUGUCCCCCGAGUCCAUCAAUUUCCGCCGCUUCACCACGGCCAGCGACGUCUGGAUGUUCGCCGUGUGCAUGUGGGAGAUCCUGAGCUUUGGGAAGCAGCCCUUCUUCUGGCUGGAGAACAAGGAUGUCAUCGGAGUGCUCGAGAAAGGGGACCGGCUGCCCAAACCUGACCUCUGCCCACCCAUCCUUUAUACCCUCAUGACCCGCUGCUGGGACUACGACCCCAGUGACCGGCCUCGCUUCACCGAGCUCGUGUGCAGCCUCAGUGACAUUUAUCAGAUGGAGAAGGACAUUGCUCUAGAGCAGGAGAGGAACGCUCGCUACCGACCUCCCAAAAUCUUGGAACCCACAGGCUUCCAGGAGCCCCCACCAAAGCCCAGCCGGCCCAAGUACAGACCCCCUCCCCAAACCAACCUCCUGGCUCCCAAGCUGCAGUUCCAGGUCCCCGAGGGUCUGUGUGCCAGCUCUCCCACGCUCACCAGCCCUAUGGAGUACCCAUCUCCUGUUAACUCGCUGCACACCCCGCCUCUGCACCGGCACAAUGUCUUCAAGCGCCACAGCAUGCGGGAGGAGGACUUCAUCCGACCCAGCAGCCGAGAAGAAGCCCAGCAGCUAUGGGAGGCUGAGAAGGUCAAGAUGCGGCAGAUCCUGGACAAGCAGCAGAAGCAGAUGGCGGAAGACUACCAGUGGCUGAGGCAGGAGGAGAAGUCCUUGGACCCCAUGGUCUACAUGAACGAUAAGUCCCCACUGACCCCAGAGAAGGAGGCCGGUUACACGGAGUUCACGGCGCCCCCACAGAAGCCCCCAAGGCUGGGUGCGCAGUCCAUCCAGCCCACGGCCAACCUGGACCGGACCGAUGACUUGGUGUACCUCAAUGUCAUGGAGCUGGUACGGGCCGUGCUGGACCUCAAGAACGAGCUGUGCCAGCUGCCCCCCGAGGGCUACGUGGUGGUGGUGAAGAACGUGGGGCUGACCCUGCGGAAGCUCAUCGGGAGUGUGGACGACCUCCUGCCCUCCUUGCCGUCAUCCUCGCGGACAGAGAUCGAAGGGACCCAGAAGCUGCUCAACAAAGACCUGGCAGAGCUCAUCAACAAGAUGCGGCUGGCCCAGCAGAAUGCCGUGACCUCCCUGAGUGAGGAGUGCAAGCGCCAGAUGCUCACGGCUUCCCACACCUUGGCCGUGGACGCCAAGAACCUGCUCGAUGCUGUGGACCAGGCCAAGGUUCUGGCCAACCUAGCCCAUCCGCCUGCAAGUGACUGAGAGUGCGGCCACCUGCCUACGCCCUCUGCCCCCAGCCUGUCGUGUACUCCCUGCCUUGCCUUUGGUCACGUGGGUCUUCUCGGAGGAAGGCCAAGGGGAGUCCUUCCCUUACCAUUUGCACGACCUCCCUUCCCCACCCCACACACCGCUGCUCGGGCUGCAGCUGGCCAGAGGGGACUUUGGGAAUGGACAUAGGGUAGGGGUGACACAGAAGUCUCAGAGGGGCCGUGGCUGUCACCCAGCCACUCCCUCCCUACCCCAGCCUAACGGCUGGAGCCUCGUAGGGAGUCACAUGGUGCCCCCUGCAGCCAAGAUGGUGUACUGCAUGGACACGGCAGGCCCACUGGAAGCCAGCUCUUCUUUCUCCUUCCUCUCCAGCCCUCUGAGGUCCCCUGAUGCUCAGAGGGGUUGGGAGGGGCUUCAUUUUGGAGGUGGAGUCACGGCCAGAUAGGGGAUGGACCUGGCUUUCUUGUACAGUGUAUAUUGGAAUUUAUUUAAUGUGAGUUUGGCCUGAACUGACAGCCGUGUGCCCUCCUGGGGGAGGAUCUGGGACAGAGUCCAGGAGCAAGCUAAUUGGGAAUCUGGGCUCAGGACGCCAUGCUGUCAGCAAACCCAGUGUCAGGGAAAAAAUGAGAGAUGGAGACCAAAAUAGGACUUGGGGCCGCAAUCUGCUCUCUUCCUGCUGCCCCUUCCUCUUCCUCCUCUCCUUUUCCCAUCCUCCCGCCCCUUUUCUUACUCCCCCCCCCCGCCCCCCGCCACGUGUUUGUGUAGAACACUCUUUUAUCUUCUUUCUAUCUGACUUGUG